CGAGUUGAUCGCCGAUGGAUCGCCUGAUUUGCGCAAGAGGGAUUGCCAGAGGGAGAAGAGAGACGAGUCCCGUUUCCCUAGACCCUCACUUUAUCCCUCGACACAACACACCUACUCAGUACCCGUAUAUUAUCAGAAUAGAAUGGCUAGCAACAAAGUUUUCGUCGGUGGUUUGGCGUGGGAGACCAACAACGACUCGCUCCGCACUGCAUUUGAGAAGUUCGGCGCCGUCGAGGACUGCUAUGUGAUUUCGGACCGUGAGACAGGUCGCUCCCGCGGUUUCGGAUUCGUUACUUUUGCGGAGACCAAGAGCGCUGAGGAGGCUGUUAACGGAAUGAAGGACCAGGAAUUGGAUGGCCGUACUAUCCGUGUGGACCUCGCCAACGACCGCCCUCCUCGUGGUGAAGGAGGCGGUGGUGGUGGCUACCGCGGUGGCCGUGGCGGUGACUCCUAUGGCGGAGGUGGUCGCAGCUACGGUGGCCGGGAUGGCGGUCGCGAUGGUGGCCGGGAUGGCGGUCGCGACGGUGGCCGCGAUGGAGGCCGUGGUGGAGGUGAUCGUUACGGAUCCCGCUACGACCGCGACGAUCGCCGCGAUGGAGGUCGUGACUUCGAGAGGAAAGACGACAGGAGACGCGAAGACCGUGGAGACUCUCGUGGAGACAAGGGAGGCGACCGUUACGAGCGCUCGGACCGCAGCCGCGCCGACCGCUAAUUACCCUUUUUCGCAAACGUGUUGACCCCUGUCUGUAUCCAGUUCUACCCAAUCUUGCGUAGCGCUCAAGUCAUAAUAUCGAAAAGCGCCCAUUUUUGUAUUUAGUUUGGUGAAAUAAAGUUUGGAAUGUGAAGCUGCU